AUGGAGCAGACACGACAAUGCCAUACUAUUCCGUCAACGCUGGCUGGCAAGAAGGGCUCUCUGGAGAGCUCCUGCGACUGUAAUGGCCAUGCUCGGAAGUGUCGCUUCAAUUUGGACCUCUACAAGCUGUCCGGACGGGUGUCGGGAGGAGUGUGCAUCGAUUGCCGGCACGAUACAACCGGUCGACAUUGCCACUACUGCCGAGAGGGAUUCUACAAGGAUCCCACGAAAUCAAUCACGCACAAGAAGGCAUGCAAACCUUGUGAUUGCCACCCGAUUGGAUCGUCAGGGAAGAACUGCAACCACACUUCCGGUCAGUGCACUUGCAAGGAAGGCGUGACGGGUCUAACCUGUAACCGAUGCGCCCGGGGCUACCAACAAAGCCGAUCCCAUAUCGCACCGUGCAUCAAGAUUCCACGGGUGACGAUGGUGAACCACCAGGCUCAGAACACCGCACCGGACUCCUAUCAGUACGACCCAGAUGCAAGUGAAAGUACCAAAGAAAAUUGCGGCAAAUGUAGAUUUGACACGAAACGAUUAAAUCUGAAUAAAUUCUGCAAGCGUGAUUAUGCUAUUAUGGCAAAGGUCACCGGACGGACAACAUCCGCAAAUAAACACGUCCCUAGGGACGAGGUGCGCUUCAACCUGCAGGUGCAAACCGUUUUCAAGUCGACGAUCCCUCUGCUGGCUACGAACAGCCAGCGGAAGUCAUCCGUCGGUUUGCUGGUUCCCUCGAAGAAUCUCGAUUGCCGAUGUCCGAGUAUUAAGAUCAAUAAAUCGUACCUAAUAUUGGGCAUGGAUUCGAAACAAAAUCCGGACAGCCUGGUGCUUGGCCCGAAGACCAUCAUCAUCGAGUGGAAGGACGAUUGGAAUCGACGGUUACGACGAUUCCAGCAGCAGUCUGGUUCUUGUUAUUAGGAACGGCAAGAAAACACAGAAGGUAGGAGUGCUGGCUCCACCGCGAGCUGUCAAGUCAAUUUGAGUCAUCCAGUGCGUGGGUGUGUAUGUGCGGGAAAUGAGUGUUUCGGAGAAUGAGCAUGGCCAGGUCAUGGUUCGAAUAAUUGUAAAUUACGCUAAGUACAUAAAACAUGAGGCCAUUAGGAGCUUAAUGGCACCGAAUUUUACAAAACACAACCUUACUCACAAUGUAUUAACGUAGGAAAUAAGUGGAUUGUUGUAGAAGAUUGGACGAAUCACAAGAAAUUUCCCUAAAGUGAAGAUCCUCCCGAGCAGGGAGACGGUACCAUAUUUUGAUUGUAUCAAAUUCAGUCAUUAAUGACGUUCGUUAAUAUAAUUUUACAAGUACUAUAAUUUUUUGAUGAAAUUUAGUUUCUUAUACUUAUAUUUUUAUGCUUUGGAAAUUUUUGAAUAUUUUUAACAACAUACAAAGCUGGUCGUUAUGCAUAACUUUGUAACUGAAUAAAACAAAACUCUAUAAUUCUUUUAUCUCCUCCUGCUCGGGUUCCCAAACCAAUGUGAUUAGGUUCGGUGACGAAACUAUAAAGUCACAAUUUUCAUUGUAGUGUUGUUCAGUGCAGGCACUCACAUCAAAGAGAAUUUUACCAAACUAUUGUCGUCGUCACUGUAACGAAAUCAAAUUUGGAUUGAAAGAGGUCAUUCAAACUGAAUCGGGAAGAAUGGUGUUGUACUCGGAAAUAGAUGAAUUAAACAUAGUCUUACCAACAAUAGUAUUUUUGUCUCUGUCAGUGCCAUUGAAAACUAAUUAACAAGCAAAAGCGUAACAAAAAAGUAGCGUCAGUCAUUGUGUUGUCGAUGCACAACAAAAAGAAAUUAUAUGCAAUAAUGUGUACAAUAAAUCAGUUUAAGAAUGUACAUUUUUAUGGUUAUUAUGAGCAAGUCAUUUUGAGAAAUUCGUAUUCAACGGAGUUCGAUCAAGCAUUGGUCAUCCAUCGUCGUCGAAAUAGCUAUUAUCUCAUAAUCAUUACAAAUCAGUUCUCAAGCAGUACAAGAAAAUUGGAUUUUCAUUUGUAAAUAUAUGAUAAUUUCUUUUGAUAAUUAUUUUUUCAUUUAUCGGACAGUUUGAACAAAAUCUACAUGUACUGACUGCAACUGAGUUCGUGUGGCGAAGUUGUUAUAAUCGAUCGAAUAUUAUUUUCCGAUCAAAUCACGAAAUCAUCAGAUAAUUUAUCAACAAAAUAAACAUUGGAGCAUGAAACUUAGCUAUUAGUAUGUAAACAAAUAUGUUGUGUAUGGAAGCAAAUUGGAACAAGAAUCUAUCAGAAACGUAUUUAAUUGAAAGUAAUAUUUAACUAUAAAUUGUAUACAAAUUGUGAUCAUACUCUUGUAAAUACAACCAGAUAAGCAAAAAUCUAUCACAUAAUCGAAAAUCAAAAACUCUAUCUUAUUUCUACAAUGAAAAUAUUUAGCACAAACAUAGCAGUCAAAGCAACAAAUUUCCAUUGAGUAUAUUUCAGUUAAGUGUUUUGUUUAAAUUUUUUAACUAUUAAUAUCUUCCAAAUAUAUUACAGUAGCGCUCAUUUAUUGAAAGUCCAUGUUCAAAAUAACGAUUAAGCCAAUAGCUCAUCCCAUCAGAGUAUUUCUCAGUGUUCUGAGCGCUUCGUCAAAAUAUCUACUCAAUCAAAUCUUGUAACUUUAACGCGGAAAUCAAAUACCUUGUAGGCCGUACAAGUGAAUCAGCUACGAGGAAUGUAGAACGUUAAGUGGAGAAAAAAAGGAAAAUAAAUUCAUUAAAUUAUUUUGUAUUAAACUGAACCAAA